GCUAUAUAUACGGAUAACCAACAAGCAACAGUAUGCAUUCACAUCUAGUCUGCAGAUUGGAAAACAUGGCUCGUAUGCUGAGUUUGGCUGUGGUGGCGCUGACAGUGGUCGUAGCAGCGGCCACAUAUGACAGCUCCUCAGUCGGACAUGGCGGACUCGUCAGCACUAGUUACAGCACCGGCGGCUACGGAAGCGGAGGUUUCGGCAACAGAUUGGGCAGCGGUUUAAGCUACAUCACUAGAGGUCAACCAAUCCACCUCGGAUCAUCCAUCUCUCAUGGAUAUGAUCUAGGUGGAUUUGGAAACGGAUUUGGACAUGGAUACGGAAAUCUAUAUGGAAAUGGAUACGGAAAUGGAUUCGGAAGUCUCUACGGAAAUGGAUUCGGCAGUGGCUACGGAAGUGGCUACGGAAUUGGAUAUGGUAAUGGAUUCGGCAAUGGAUUUGGUGGAAGCUACAUCCCAGGAGGCUACGGUUAUGGUGGAAUUGGCUUCAAUAAUGGAUUUAACCGAGGCUUCGGUGGUUUCGGAGGAAAUUACCUGGGCAGCAGCUACUCCACGAGCUACUGAACUGCAGGCGAUCGACCAUCCCGCGGCCAUACCUCUCCACUCCAGCUUCUGAUUAACUAACCUCGCGCAAACGCUAACCUACUCCUACCUGAAUAAACCUUUACAAGUGUAAA